AUGGAUGAAGGAGACGUCUCAGGUUCAUCCGUGCUGUCUGGGGUGACUGAUGGGCAGAACACGACAGAAACACACUCGGAACUCCACCCGAAGCCCCUUGUGCUCAGACUCCUGGAGGUGAAAGAACUUGGGAGGGAAGAGGUCGCAGGGGGUGAGGAGGAAAAACAAGAAGAGAGACAUGAGUAUGAGAACUUCACCGUGUUCGGUGAAUCCUCCAAUACUCACAAAUCCCAUGAUGCCUCCACAUCGUCCAAGUCCCGCAAGGCCAGCGAUCCUCCUCAGUCCCUCAAGAGCAGCGAUGCUCCUCAGUCACGCAAGGACAGUGAGUCCGUCCAGUCCCGCAAGGACAGUGAGUCCGUCCAGUCCCGCAAGGACAGUGAGUCCGUCCAGUCGCGCAAGGGCAGUGAGCCUCUUCGGUCACCGCAGGUCCACGCGUAUGGAAAAGGCGACUUGCUUCCCAACGCAAUGAUUACGACCUCCCCAUCUUUGAUAGCCAGAUACCUACCGCGGCUCCAGCUGGCUUCUUUGAGCGCACACCCUGUUUCCCGUGACCUUGUAAGGAAAUGUUUUUUUUCUAGAAAGAGAAUUGAAGAUCUUGCUAAACCGAAAAAGCAAUGGGGAACGCCAGACAGAAGGUUGUUUUGGGGAAAUCAAGAUCCUAUUCGCCCUCUUUCUGAUGCUGCUUUGAAGGCUCAGCUGACCAAGAGAAUUGAGGACCUUGCUCAGCCCAAGCUGGUCUCCCGACACUACGUCCCUAACAGGGCUCAGUAUUACUACAGCUGCGGCAGAGAGUCUGUGAUUUGGGAGAUCCCACCUCCUGCGCUGUUUACCCGGCCUUCUAAACGGAUCCAGAAGCUGGCAAAACCCAACAGAUUCAAAAUGCAGUGUCGGCUGAAUAGCGAUGACUUACCACCAGAGGUUCUCCGUUUCUCUGAUCCGUCUCCCAGAAUCCUGCAGCUCUCCAUAGCCAAAGGCCCAGAUCCCAACUACGUUCCUCCGAAAAGCAUUGAAACCAAGAUUUCCUUAUCUACCCUGAGUGCUCUUGCGAGUCAGAGGAUUGUAGACCUCGCCCACCCGAGGAUCAAGAUAGAAGGCCUGUGUUACGAGAGAGAGAAGAGUGAAUUGCCCAUCCGUCCCGUAGCCCCUGCUGCCCUGCUUGCCAAAGCUACUGACCGAACCAUAAAGCUAGCAAAGUCUAAACCUGUUCAUGAAGAUUAUCUCCCCGUCCGGGAUGCCCGAUGGCCUGUUUCCUAUGCUGCUGCCCAUUCUCAAGUGUCUAGCAGAAUCCAGGAGCUAGCUAACCCCCCCACAAGGGCUUCAGUGCACGUUGUAUACUACGACCCAGACGUCUUUAAAGUCAAGCCUUCUGCUUUGAGAGCACAGUGUUCUCCCAGGGUCAAGGAGCUGGCUGAACCCGUUGUGCGCUAACGGCAACAAUCUACCCGAGGUCAACACUAGUUAUGGAGUUCCGCAUCCGGCACGCGGAGCAGAUGACUUGAUUCCCUGCCUCGGUGUUUAGUCUUACCAAAUCCUCCCAAAUAUGAGAGUUCCAGGGAACGCCACCAUGAACGUCAGAUAGGCGCUGUCUGUGAUCUUUCUUGUCUUUACUAGCUUAGGGGACUCUGCCCUGCAAUAAGGGGGAAACCAAUGCUUGCUUCAAAAUCCCUCCCACUCACGCAGGCAUCUUGGCAGCUCCUGCGCUGUGCUGCGCAGAGGGCUUGUUUUCUCUCAUCCUCCACCCCUGGCUGCCCCAUUCUGUCUCCAGCCCUUCUCUACAAAGUCCUGGGAAUUGAGGUUAGUCUCAGUGUUGCCUUGUCUAUCUUCCUUCAUCAUCUGCAAAAACACCGACCCGAAGGGCUUCUUUGGAUGAGACGAAAUGGGUUUUGUAGUCUCUAUUAGGGAGCCGUUGCUUGCCUUAACAUCUUCACUGGUCUCCACUGCCUUGUUCCAGGCUCGCUGUGAAAGACAGAAAAAAGAUACCCGCAUGGUGAAGGU